UAUAAACGUGUAUUUGUAUUGUCUCAUAUUUGUGUGUAUCGUUUGUUUUGCACUGGAGAGCGAUCGGAUUCGUUGCUAUACGCGACAGUGGGUAAGAAGCAUCCCGUCACUAACAGACGUGAUGAUGACCUAAUCACAGGUUCUGACAAAGGAGAAGAAAAGCUGUGACUUGUAUCAAGUGAAUGAGGGCGAAACUUCUGGUAGCGACUUAGGGUUUGGGUCACCGCCAUCAAUUCAAGGGCGGUAACUGUCAUCAACAUGGCCAGCAGUCGCUGUGUAUGCCACUGUCGAAAGUUAAUUCAUUUAAACAGACAUUCUGCAAGAGUCUUUUCAGUCUCACAUCGAAGUGACAUCAAACCUGAUACUCAAGAAGAAAACAUUUUGACUAAACCAAUAGAUUCAGGUGUUUCAAAACCCUUGGAUCCAACUGAAAAAUUACAUCAGGAUUUCAUAACGAAAACGAGAGAGACGAAAGACGACAUUGUAUCGUCAUCCCCCAGUCCAGCACCUUAUCCAGAAAUUGGAAAGUCUCUCACUGUUGAUGCAAGAAGAGUUGACCCAACUACAGUUAAGCAGGUGUAUUAUUUUGAUUCACUGAGCUAUGUCAAAGCCUUGGAAAGUAAAGGUUUCAGCCGUAUUCAGGCUGAGGGCAUGGCAGAGACACUGACUGAUAUAAUCAACACCACACUUGAUCAUCAGUCUCGGCAUAUGGUGACAAAGUUUCAGCAGGAAGUGACGGUUCAGCAGCUGAUGUCUGAAAUUGUGUCCGUCAAGAAGGAUAUGGUGCUUCUUCAAAAAAGUGAAUUUUCACAACUUCGUUCAGAGACAGAGAAAAUGGCCAUUGAUGUGAGUAAUUUGAAGAAUUCAUUGAAAGAUGAAGUCUCAAAGUUAAAAGGCCAUGUCACUUUGGACAUCAAUCUUGAGAGAGGCCGAGCCCUUGAAGCUCAUGCUGCCAAUGAGAAGAAAUUGCAACAGCUUCACAACAAAAUUGAAACAGAAAUUGCCAAUUUGAAAACAGUCUUUGAGCAGUACCGCAAUGACGUCCUCAAAUAUGCUGGUGGUACCGUGCUUACAUGUGCAACAAUUUGCUUAGGCUUUCUUCGUCUUUGGACCUGAUUUAAGCAUCUGCUGCUUUCAAGUUGUGCCUCAACCUUUUUCUCCAGAAUUGACUCAGGAUUAUGGAGGAUUAUGGAAAGGCAAUUGUUUCAGCUGAACAGGCAGGUCCAGUGGUAACACACACUGUUACCAUAUUUUCAAAGAUGUUCUGCAACAAUGAUGUUGCACAUAACACACCAGCUAAAUGUCAGGCCUAGAGACUCUGUAUGUUUGCUGAUCACCUUUGGCUGUAGAUGUCAUAAAUAUCUAUUGCUUGCUGAGUUUUGGCUUUCAACAUUUUUGUAUCUUUGGGAGACAGUGUGUCAGUUUGGAAUCUGCUAUGCUUUUAUCAUAAUGAACAAAAUGCAGCUGGAAUAUUAGAACGUUAACAAACCUAAUUGCAGAUAGAUGUAGUUGAUGUGUCCCAGUUGGUUUGUUUUUGUAUAUUUCUUGUACUACUUUCCCUGUUGUACUCAAACAUUUUCCCAACACACUUUAUAUUACAACUAAAAGAGUCUCAUCAAGGUCUUGUGCAUGUCUGUAUGAUGAUGAGAGGCUUUUUUUUUUUUUUUUGAAGAACCUUUCAUGCUGUUUGCAUUCUUUCCCAGAAAGAAAUUUUAUGUUGAAAGAAUGUGAUGACUGAACAUGUAGGCUUAGAGGACUUGGGGUGGGGACAUUCUGGGUACCAAGCAAGCCCCUGUUUGAGACAUCACAUUUAAGAUAUUGCCAUGUGACCAAAGACAGGUGCAGCGUUACAUAGUCACUAGUUUUAUCACUGUUUGGAAGCAAUUCUGAUGAACUUUUUGGUUUUGUUUUUUUUUGGAAAUGUUUGACCUCAUUAUUUAUGUUCUUUAUGCAUUAUUUUCUAUUUGAUAAUAAAUCAAAUGAGACAA